AGUAGCUCAUUCACCAACUGCGAUGUGUCGCGAACGGGUGUUUUAGGAGGUCUCGCUAUCAAUCCCCACACUACUCUGAAGAAGACGCGCCUUGUUUCGAUCAAAGUCUAUAUUGCGGCAGUGCGGAACCUGUUGAGUGCGGUUGAAGGAUUUAACGACUGCAGACUCUAUAGUUUGCGGCCCAACCAGUCUGUCCAAGGCGGUCGUUGUUGUUCACAGCCAUCACCAUCGGCAUAUAUCGACACCCACCGAUAUAGAUUUCACAGUGUGUGCUAAAUUUGGAUUUCGCAAGUGAGAAAGAAGAACACACCUCAAUUGAUUUCGAUUACGCGCUGAAGCAGGUCCAACGCAGUUCCAAUCGUCAAUUAAUACAACCCAAAACCAGAGAUCGCGAGUGUGGAAUUAAUCUUUCGCUCGGUCAACAAAGCGGCAAAGGGAAAAUCAGCUUCAGAAAAAAAAAACUCUUGUGAAUUGUCGGAAGAAAUCAGUUACAUAAAACAACCAGUCGUGAAAGCAACGAAUCGCGACCACGUUCGCUUCAGUGCAUCGUCUACCUUUUGGGGCGCAUUUUUGGAAGCAUCUUUGCCUUACCUGUGCGACCUAACAUACCUAGUGCAAAACCAGUGGAGCCUAGCCUCGAAGAAAGCUGUGUCGUGUGUGAUAAUUAAUUAAAAGUGAAGCCAAGAAAAACUGGAUUACAUCAGACGGUUGAACGCUGCUGAGCACCACCGGUUGUUCAUCUGAGACGACUCCCAAAACUCAAAAGACUGACGUCAAAAUGACGAUGGGCAAUAUGCGUCCGCUAAAAAUCACCACUGUCGGCGAUGGCAUGGUCGGCAAAACGUGCAUGCUAAUUACCUACACACAAAACGAGUUCCCCGUCGAAUACGUGCCAACGGUGUUCGAUAACCAUGCCUGCAAUAUCACAGUCGACGAGAAGGAAUAUGCCCUCACACUUUGGGACACGGCCGGCCAAGAAGACUACGAAAGACUACGACCGCUAAGUUACCCAAAUACUGAUUGUUUUCUUAUAUGUUACUCCAUAUCAAGUAAAACAUCUUUCGAUAACGUGCUAUCGAAGUGGUACCCCGAGAUAAGGCACUAUGCGCCCCACGUACCGAUUGUGCUCGUUGGAACCAAAAGCGACCUCCGAGUACACGGAUCGGAAAAGUUUGUCACAACUGCUGAGGGCAAGAAACUGAAGCACAAAAUCAAAGCUUACUCACUGGUAGAAUGUUCCGCUAAGAAGAAACUCAACCUCGGGGAAGUGUUUGACGAAGCCGUGCGAGCGGUGGAGAAAAAGCCCCACGCCAAACCACGUGUCUGUACGAUACUCUAGCUCCUCCCUGUGGCCCUUUUCUAGUGUUUUAGGUUUCGUUAUUAACUCUAUAUUAUUGUAGUUAUAUAUCAAUAAGGCCACGGCCAGUGAUGUUAGGUAGAUAAUCUCCUUUCUACUUAAACAAUCGACUCAGAAAUCUAUAGUGAGCUCCACAAAAAAGUCACAUUUGGCCUUAAUCAGAAAUGAAAAUCCAACAAGCGAAAAACAAAAAAAGAAAAGUAUUCGACGAUUUCCUACCGUUAUAGUAUUGUGCAUAUUGACCACAGAAAUGUUUUCUUCAAAACCUACAUUAGAAUGAGUGAUCGGAUAUUUUGUGCUAUAUUCUUCAGAUGUAUAAGUUUGUUACAUUUUUGAUUGGAUAUUUUAUUAUAUAGUUCCAACGUAUGGGACCCAUUUCCAUAUUCAUCAGCUAGUCAUACGAUUUUUGUCAAUAUGAUCGAUGAAAAUGUAACUAAUAUAACUUGUAAAAUAUUUGUGUACAGA